AUGGGAGAAUCUCAUAUGACAGACUCUGAAAAUGAAGAUAUCCCAAGACAAAAAGACAGUGACUCGGAUAAUGAGGAGCCUCCAAAUCACAAUGUCAGUGAUUCAGACAAUGAAGCAGCACAUGGAGGGAAAGACAGUGAUUCUGAUAUGGAGGACCGUCCAAAUCGGCAUUUAAGUGACUCUGAAAAUGAAGAUGCCUUAAAUCAUCGAGCAAGUGACUCUGAAAAUGGAGAACCUCACAGAGACCACAGUAGUGAUUUUGAAAAUGAAGAAUCACAGAAGCAGCUGGGCAGUGACUCAGAGAGUGAGGAGCUCCACAAGCAGCCAGCCAGUGAUUCGGAAAGUGAAAUGCUCCACAAGCAGCCAGCCAGCGACUCGGAGAGCGAGGAACACCGCAAACAGCCAGCCAGCGACUCGGAGAGUGAGGAUGUUUCUAGACACAAACAAGAAAUAGAGUCUGAGGAUAGUGAUGGGGAGGACAGGAAGGAGGAGGUGCAGAAUGAUUCUCAUCAUUCAGAUAAUAAACGUGUAAGGGAAGGAUUUCAGGGCUCUGACAGUGAAGAGGAAGCUCCUAAGAGACGAAAAAUAUCGGACAGUGAAGAAGAAGAGAAAGAGGAGGAGAAGACAAUGAAGAGGAAAACGGCUAUCCUUUCGGACAGUGAGGAUGACAGUGAGAAAACACCUGCCAAAAAAGUACGAAUCCUCUCUGAUGUCGAAGAAUCAGAUAGUGAUGCUGCUUCCGAGAAAUCCGACAAAAGGAAGAAAAGUAUUGUAUCAGAUAGUGAGGAAGAAGAAGAAAGAAAAGAGAAUGCUGGGAAGAAUAAAGAAGAGAAAGAUCUGUUUGGCAGUGAUAGUGAAUCUGGAAAUGAACAAGAGAACCUCAUUGCAGAUAUAUUUGGAGAAUCUGGUGAUGAGGAAGAAGAGGAAUUUACAGGUUUUAACCAGGAAGAUUUGGAGGAAGAAAAAGGUGAUGCAGACAUGAAGGAGACAGCAGAUGAAUCAGACUCUGAUGAUAACAUCAAAAGAGGGAAGCACAUGGACUUCAUGUCAGAUUUUGACAUGAUGCUACAACGAAAGAAGAGUAUGAGUGGCAAGCGUCGACGAAACCGUGAUGGUGGAACUUUUAUUAGUGAUGCAGAUGAUGUGGUCAGUGCUAUGAUUGUGAAGAUGAAUGAAGCUGCUGAGGAGGAUCGACAGCUGAAUACACAAAAGAAACCAGCACUAAAGAAAUUAACUUUGUUACCAACUGUAGUUAUGCAUCUUAAAAAGCAGGACCUCAAAGAAACUUUCAUUGAUAGUGGUGUUAUGUCUGCCAUCAAAGAGUGGCUUUCUCCUCUUCCAGACCGAAGUCUGCCAGCGCUAAAGAUACGAGAGGAGCUUCUGAAGAUCCUGCAAGAGCUGCCCAGCGUGAGCCAGGAGACCCUGAAGCACAGUGGCAUUGGACGAGCUGUGAUGUACCUUUACAAACACCCCAAAGAGUCGAGACCUAACAAGGAUAUGGCGGGGAAGCUAAUCAAUGAAUGGUCUCGACCCAUCUUUGGCCUUACCUCAAACUACAAAGGCAUGACAAGAGAAGAGAGGGAACAGAGAGAUUUGGAACAGAUGCCUCAGCGAAGGAGAUUGAGCAGCUGUGGUGGUCAGACUCCCCGCAGGGACCUGGAGAAAGUGUUAACUGGAGAGGAAAAGGCUCUUAGACCCGGAGACCCCGGGUUCUGUGCCCGUGCGAGGGUGCCAAUGCCCUCCAACAAGGACUAUGUGGUCAGGCCAAAGUGGAAUGUGGAGAUGGAGUCCUCCAGGCCCGGGACUAUUAAGAGAGGUAUUAGUCGCUUGGAAAAACACAAGAGACGGUUUGCUGAACAGAAACGACUCAGCAAAGUGCAUCGGGCCAUCAAGUUCAGCAUUGAAGGCAACAGGAUGCCCCUGUAGCCAUGACACUCUGCCUUCCCCAAGUUUGAGAGUUCCAGGGGACCUCUAAGAAAGGGGUGAGUCGACUGGACAAACAGAUGCGGAAAUUCACAGAUAUCAGGAAAAAAAGCAGAUCGGCCCAUGCCGUGAAAAUCAGCAUUGAGGGCAAUAAGAUGCCAUUGUGACCCUUCACAGAAUACCCCAUGAUCUCUGCUGUAAGACAAUAUCUUUACACUUUUUAAAACUUGUUUGGGGGUUUUUCUAGUGAAUCUUUAAACUGUUGUUUCAGGUUCUGGUGUAAGA